CUCAAUUAACCCCGCUAUAAUCCCCAACCUCAACCCCCAAAUCUACAGCAUCAAUGGUCAAUGGGCAAAAAGAGAAAGAGACCCGUCAAGGACGGUCAAUUCCGCCCCGCCGGUCUGUCACAGCCAUCCUCAUCCACCACGGCUCCUGAAACCACCGUCGGUUCUGGAAACAAUGAGGCGGUCUCGAAAAUCUCGGGCGAUUCUUCCCGGCUCCUGUCGCAUCCUGUUCUGACUCUGUACUACAAUCGCGUUGUUUCUUUGAGACAGUACCUUCUGAGCCAGAUUCCUGUGGCUUCUAGGUCGAGGCGGCGGAGGAUUGCCUCUAUCGGCAGUAGGACUACCAGGGGUAUCCAGGUGGGCAAUAGCAACGAUUCCGAUAACGGGCUUGCGGCUUUCUUGGAUACUACCCUUGUGGGUGUGUUGAAAGAGACGCCUCCUACGAUUAGCCGGGAGCGACAGCGGGAUCUGGUCGCCUUCUCCCAGUCCCAGUCGCAGUCACAGUCGAAAUCUCAACUCUCAAACUCUGAUAGCGGGUCAUCUUGCGCACAAGCAGAGAUAGUCGACUUCGUCAUCACCGUUCUAUUCAAUCGGAAUGGCGUCUCGUAUCGAAAGCCCCAGCAUCUGCUGACCCAUGGGUACCAACGUGCCACGGGGUUUCUCCCCGCGGGGAACAAUACCGCUCCCGCGUGCAGUAUACCUGGCCUUGUGGCGCGCUUUCCUAACCAGAAUGUUGUGGCGCUCAAGCAAGCUCCCUGGACGGAGGUUCUUGGUCUCUUGGGGAGUAAUGGGGAUGAGAUUAUGCUGAGGCUUUUGCUGGAUUGUGGUGUGUUUGUGUCUAUUGAUACUUGGAAGGGGAUCUAUAAUCAAGUUAGCGGUAUGUUUGUCUGGAUGCACGCGAUAUAUAUGCGUUUGUUGAUUUGUGAUUAGGCCUCCCGCUGUCUGAUCUCGACCCUGUAGAGAAAGAGACAGCAGCAGAGGUGGUGGGCCCUGGUCCGCAGGGUACUGCCGCGCCAGCUGCCACCGGGAAAAAGCAGCUCACGGCGAAAACAAGUAAAGCAACACCAGUGCCAUCUGUACAGCGACCAAACAGUGUUGUAUUCCUUCGUCGACGCAUGCUCUACGCCCGUCCGAAGCUGACCUCCAAGGGGAAGAUCGACUCCGGCCUGACAAGUCUUCACGUCCUAAACCGAUACCAAAACAGAGACUCACUCGAAGAGACGGUGCACGUCUUGAAGUAUAUCUUCCCUAGACAGUUCGGCCUCCACAAUGUGUUCACUUCGCACGCUGGCCGUGAAACGACCCUCCCCUUCACGGACUACUCCGCUCGCGAAGACGAGAUCGCUCGACUAGAGAAUCAGAAACAGAUCCGGAAUCCGCGACUGAAACUCAACAGCACCUGCGCAGAGGGCCACCGUGCC